GGAGGGGGCGGGAGUCAAAGGCAAGUGAAGGUGGAAGGCGAUCCGGGGUUGGAUCCAGACGCAGCAGCCUUGGAAGAGACGCACCGAGGAGGAAGAAGAGGAGGAGGAGGAAGGCCACGGAUUAAGGGUGCCAUGACGGAACUUCAGGAAGUGCAGAUCACGGAGGGGAAGCCACUUCUGCAAUCCCCAGGAGCACCUGAUCCAGGCAAGGAUGCUGAACUGAUAACAGCCAAACUUCUGCAGGAACACGGCCAGAAACAUACAGUGGAGACUCCAUAUGGCAUUGUGACAAUCACCAUCCAUGGAACACCCAAACCCAAGCGUCCUGCCAUCCUCACCUACCAUGAUGUGGGACAAAACCAUCAUUCGUGCUUCGACACCCUUUUCCACUUUGAGGACAUGCAAGAGAUCAUAAAGAACUUCGUGGUGAUACAUGUGGACGCGCCCGGCAUGGAGGAGGGUGCCCCGGCCUUCCCUCUGGGGUAUCAGUAUCCUUCUCUGGACCAGUUGGCUGACAUGAUCCCCUGCAUUCUGCAAUAUGUCAACUUCACCAGCAUCAUUGGAAUUGGAGUCGGAGCUGGAGCUUACAUUCUGGCACGCUAUAGCCUCUCUCAUGCAAACACUGUGGAGGGUUUAGUUUUGAUCAACAUCGACCCCAAUGCCAAGGGUUGGAUGGACUGGGCUGCCCACAAGCUGACUGGCCUCACAUCUUCCAACUCUGAGAUGAUUCUGCAACAUCUCUUUAGCCAGGAGGAACUGUCCAAGAACACUGAACUUGUGCAGCAGCAGCGGGAUACUUUGAGUCAUGCAACCAAUUUGCCAAACAUCCAACUCUACUGGAGCAGUUACAACAGCCGCAGAGACCUGGCCUUGGAGCGAGGAGGAGACCACAGCUUCAAGUGUCCUGUGAUGUUGGUGGUUGGAGACCAAGCCCCUCAUGAAGAUGCAGCGGUGGAGUGUAAUUCCAAAUUGGAUCCCACCCAGACUUCUUUCCUCAAGAUGGCAGAUUCAGGAGGCCAGCCACAGCUGACCCAGCCUGGUAAACUGACUGAGGCUUUCAAGUACUUUGUGCAAGGCAUGGGAUACAUCCCUCAUGUACUGGACAAGAAACUGAGUCAGGGUGGCUUCAUCCUGCAUGACCCGCCUGUCUCGCUCACGCACCGCCUCUCUGUCCAGUGCCGCCUCGGGGGACGGGAACCGCUCCCGCUCGCGCACCCUGUCCCAGAGCAGCGAGGCAGGGGCACCUCAGCCACCUGCCCCCACCAUGGAGGUGUCCUGCUGAGCGCUGGGCCAGGGGACGAGACCGCCUCCCACCUCUGAACAGGACUUCUGCUAUCCCACAAUGCACUCCGGCCACUGGGCCAUGUGAUGAUCUCCCCUAACGGUACUAAACAUCCAGGGAGGCCCAGAUGGGAUGCAAUUUUACUCUUUUUAAAACAAACAUUAACUCCCCCCUACCCUGACCCAACCUUCUCACCCAACACAUACACACCUCCUUCGCCAACCCCGUCCGCUUCUCUCCCAUAACCUAAAACUAGUGUCAGCCUCCAGAUUCUUUAGGGACCCUCAGCACCUAGAGAGGUAUGGGUGGAGUACUAUAAAUUGUCUAAACUGUUAGACCCUCAAGCACUUAUUUUGAAUUUCUCUUCUGUCCCUUUUGCACACUUAAGUUUUUCUUAACAAGAGAGGUCUGGAUUAUCGUUGGGUUUUGUUUUCUGUCUAAAUCAUAACUAACCAUUGUUCCUCCCUCUUAAAUUCUGAGCAGCCUGGAGUUCUUGGAGUAGCCUGGAUGUGCAUUUGGAUUGCCUUGCUAGCUCUCUUUGUCCCCCUCUGGAGUGUACAUAGCCAAAAGCAGAACCUCACAAGAGAGACGCACAAGCCCCUAUAAGGACUUGCAUUGCUACUGUCAUGCUGACAUAGUGCUCCUGAAAUGAGAGGAGUUGUUCUCCCCACCACCACCACGAUUCAUUUGUACCCUCAUGCCCAUUGUAUCUGGUUUGGUCUCAUUUCCCAGUUCUCCCAUCAAUCAGUAUGCGCUAGAAGGUUCUAGUUGCUUCUCAGGGUUAAGACAAACUCUGUUCCACUCUUACUUUGAAAGACACUGACCCUCCAUUUUACCUUAUCUGGCAUUGCUUUUCUUUUAUAUCCUCUCCACGUCCAUGCAUAUAUCCCUCCGUAACCAAGGGCUGCAUUUCUCUUUCCUCCUCCCUGCCCCUAGUAAAACUAAUCCUUUGUAGAUGGUAGCUGCUUUGUGGUGUGCAUGUACAGUUCCUGCUAUGACAGCGAGUGAUUUGGGUGAUUAGGGGCAUUUGGGAGGCUGGGUGAGGGUGAAACUGGGGGUGGGGGUCGGGGAGGGUGGGAUAAUUCCUCUUGGAGGUUUCAGGGGAAUACCAGGGUGGGAGAAAGGCCGGGGGCUUGAGACGGAUCAUCCUGUUGCAACUGUGCCAGCACAGCACGCGACAGUCUAUAUGAUUAUAUUCUGGCUUUGUAUAAUGAGAUGUGUGGAGGAGACUCUGACCGUCAUCAGCUGUGAAUUUCUUUUUGCAACAAGCGCUGACUGUAACAGGUUCCAGCUUCUUGCUUUGAGCAGGACUCUUGUGGUGCUGUGGAGGGUGAACUUUGUGUCAGCUUCUACUGUAAACGGGAUUCCAACUGUAUCAGUUCUCUGAAUGUUACUGGCUGUAUUAAAAAAAAACCUAAAUGUUUAGAUAGUGUUUGCCAUGUUGAUCUCAAAAGAUCAAGGAAUUCAAAAUAAGGUAAAAUGUUUUCUUUGGACCAGCUGUAAGUGAAGGUAUUCUGUAUGUAAGCUUUGGAGUGACACGCAAUGCUUUCUUAAGAUGUAAAGGGUUCUAUGGAAUCUAAAAGAUGAUGGUCCAUUUAGAAAGUCACCUUACUUACUUGUUAAUGCUGAAUAGGCACUGGGGACUAAUGGCUCAGCUGCCUGUAUAGAGAGGCAUUGUUUGAAAUGGAAUUUUAACUCCUGAAUAUCAUGGGAUCCUGUUGUAUAUGGAAUGUGUGAGCUCUGUUUUAUUCUCCCCAGAGCACUUGAUGGUGAAUCCCAACUCUUUAACAAUAAAGUCUCUAGAGAGGAA